UCCCACCCCGGGUCACGCCGUGACAGGGGCGGAAGCGGCGGCGGCGGCGGCGGCGGCCGAACUGGGGCUGCGGCUGCGGCUGCGGCUGGUCGAGCGGAUAGUACCGGCCUGUGUGCGCCGCGCGCGGUCCUGAGAGGCGCCCGCGGCCAGCGGCGGCGCGCAUGGUGUCGGCGGCGCCUUGAGGUGUUCCAAAACAAUGGCAACCCUAAGGGGAAGGACAAAGAAAAAAGCAUCUUUUGAUCAUUCACCAGAUAGCCUUCCUUUGAGGAGCUCCGGUAGACAGGCAAAGAAAAAAGCAACUGAGAUAACAGAUGAGGAUGAAGAUGGUGGAUCAGAGAAGAAAUACAGGAAAUGUGAAAAGGCGGGGUGUACAGCAGCGUGCCCUGUGUGCUUUGCAAGUGCUUCUGAAAGAUGUGCAAAAAAUGGCUACACAUCCCGAUGGUAUCACCUCUCCUGUGGGGAGCACUUCUGUAACGAAUGCUUUGACCAUUACUAUAGAAGCCAUAAGGAUGGGUAUGACAAAUACAAUACAUGGAAAAAAAUCUGGACUAGCAAUGGAAAAACUGAACCAAGUCCCAAAGCUUUUAUGGCAGACCAGCAGCUCCCCUACUGGGUUCAGUGCACAAAACCUGAGUGUGGAAAAUGGAGGCAACUAACCAAGGAAAUCCAGCUUACUUCACAAAUAGCAAGGACCUACCGAUGUGGCACGAAGCCAAAUUCUGUUGUUAAGAAUGAGACCUCUGCUGACCACUGUUCUCUUCCAGAAGACCUAAGAGUAUCAGAAGUUUCCAACCAUUGGUGGCAUUCCAUGCUCAUACUACCUCCUUUGCUGAAAGACAGUGUAGCAGCACCACUUCUCUGUGCCUACUACCCCGACUGUGUUGGCAUGAGUCCCUCCUGCACGAGCACACACAAUACAGCAACCCCUGCCAGCCCUGGGAAGCUGGACCACUCCAAGGCAAUCCCCUCUGUACUUGUUCCAGGCAUGAACCGGUACUUCCAGCCUUUCUACCAGCCUAAUGAGUGUGGUAAAGCCCUGUGUGUCCGGCCAGAUGUAAUGGAGUUGGAUGAGCUCUAUGAGUUCCCAGAGUAUUCCCGGGACCCCACCAUGUACCUGGCUUUGAGGAACCUCAUCCUUGCCCUGUGGUACACUAACUGCAAAGAAGCUCUUACUCCUCAGAAAUGUAUUCCUCACAUCAUUGUCCGGGGUCUUGUGCGCAUUCGAUGUGUUCAGGAAGUGGAGAGAAUACUCUAUUUUAUGACAAGAAAAGGUCUCAUCAAUACUGGAGUUCUCAGUGUCAGUGCCAACCAGUAUCUUCUUCCUAAAGAUUACCACAAUAAAUCAGUCAUCAUUAUUGGGGCUGGCCCAGCAGGAUUAGCAGCUGCUAGGCAAUUGCAUAACUUUGGAAUUAAGGUGACUGUCCUGGAAGCCAAAGACAGAAUUGGAGGCAGAGUAUGGGAUGAUAAAUCUUUUAAAGGCAUCACCGUGGGAAGAGGAGCUCAGAUUGUCAAUGGCUGUGUUAAUAACCCAAUAGCUCUCAUGUGUGAACAACUUGGCAUCAGCAUGCAUAAAUUUGGAGAAAGAUGUGACUUAAUUCAGGAAGGUGGAAGAAUAACUGACCCCACUAUUGACAAGCGCAUGGAUUUUCAUUUUAAUGCUCUCUUGGAUGUUGUCUCUGAGUGGAGGAAGGAUAAGACUCAACUGCAGGAUGUCCCUUUAGGAGAAAAAAUAGAAGAAAUCUACAAAGCUUUUAUUAAGGAAUCCGGUAUCCAGUUCAGUGAGCUGGAGGAACAGGUGCUUCAGUUCCAUCUCAGUAACCUGGAAUAUGCUUGUGGGAGCAACCUCCAUCAGGUGUCUGCUCGCUCCUGGGACCACAAUGAAUUCUUUGCACAGUUUGCUGGUGACCACACCCUCUUAACUCCUGGGUACUCUGUAAUUCUUGAAAAACUGGCUGAAGGACUAGACAUUCGACUUAAAUCUCCAGUACAGAGUGUUGAUUAUUCUGGAGAUGAAGUACAAGUUACUACCACAGAUGGGAUCAUGUGUGCUGCACAGAAGGUAUUAGUCACUGUACCACUGGCUUUACUGCAGAAAGGUUCCAUUCAGUUUAAUCCACCUAUGUCUGAAAAGAAGAUGAAGGCCAUCAAUAGUCUGGGUGCAGGCAUCAUUGAAAAGAUUGCUCUGCAAUUUCCUUACAGAUUUUGGGACAAUAAAGUCCAAGGAGCUGACUUUUUUGGCCACGUUCCUCCUACUGCCAGCAAACGAGGGCUUUUUGCUGUAUUCUAUGACAUGGAUCCCCAGAAGCAGCACAGCGUGUUGAUGUCGGUGAUUGCUGGUGAGGCGGUGACAGCUCUGAGGGGCCUAGAUGACAAACAGGUGUUGCAGCAGUGCAUGGCCACACUCCAGGAGCUGUUCAAGGAACAGGAAGUCCCAGACCCUACAAAGUACUUUGUUACCCGGUGGAGCACAGAUCCCUGGAUCCAAAUGGCUUAUAGUUUUGUAAAGACAGGUGGGAGUGGAGAGGCCUAUGAUAUCAUUGCUGAAGAAAUACAGGGAACAGUCUUUUUUGCUGGUGAGGCAACAAACAGGCAUUUUCCACAAACUGUUACGGGAGCAUAUUUGAGUGGUGUUCGAGAAGCAAGCAAGAUUGCAGCAUUUUAAGUAGAAUUUGGACCUAGUUUCCUUCUGGACCAUGAAUGGGGAAGUUUAAAAUAAAUGUUCAACACCUCACUUUAUAAAAUGAAAAACAAACAAAAGCCUCAUCAAAAACCUACUCUGGAUAGCAAAACCAAAAUGCUUCUGAGGAGCUAUUCUGAAAGCACUAGCCCCAAGAGCCCUUUUAAUAGGCACUUAUAUUUAAUUCAUUUUUCAGAGGUUUGACUAAUGCUGAGUCUUCUGCAUUUCAAAAUAAGGCAGAAUACAACCUUAAAUUAAGACCUUCCUUGAAUUUUUUUUCCCCAUGGGUGGAGGCUUCCUUUAAAUCUAACAUCUAGGAGAGGGAGUGCUCAAUUUUCAUGCACUAAGAAACUCUGUCAAGCAAGAAUUGUGUUUUUAAAUAUAUAGCCAUGUUUUUUUUUUUCUUCUAUGACACUUUAUCAGUAUCUUUGCCAAUGAGCCUUAAGAUUUUUAUAUAGCCCCAAAAUUGAGCUUUUACUUAAAAAUCUAGAUAGAAAUCUUUCCUUUUUGGAUACAGCACCCAACUCUGAAACUUCUAGACUAUUUUAUAUUACACAUUUUGAGUGUUCAAAAAGAAAAUUCAGGUAUCUUUUGUGACAAAACACUACAGUUGUAAAUCCACUGACAAAAUAGCAAAAAAUUCAAUUCCUUUAACAGUAAAUUUUAUCAUUGAGAGGGGGUAGAAAUCUAGUGUGGUCAUGACACUCAUGUGUAGAAAAGGCUAUUUCCUUAAAGCCAAGUUUAGAUGGAUGGCACCUUUCAAUAGCCUUAAUUUUGGCAGUCACUAUAAAAAAAAUUGUCAGAUAAUCUAAUAGAAACCUCUCCACACUGCCUUUUUAAAAAUAAUGGAUUCAAUGUGUAGGAAUUUAUUGUUUGUUUACAGUAUUCCAUAGGCAGGUCCACUGGAAAACUGCAGAAGAAAAUGUCGUAUCCUGGUAAAUAAUCAGACAAAAUAACUGGACAUCAUAUAAGCCGUAACUUAAAAGCCUGAUAACAGUGCAGAAAUUUAUUUCACUCAUGAAGUCAUUAAAUAACUAAUGGUUUCAGGGUCUUCUGAAUGUUUAUCAUGUCAAGAAACCCAAUUUUACAGUUUAAGAAUAUGGAUAAUUUAAGUGAUUUUGUUUUAAGUCUUUUGAAUAACUUAUUCAAUUAUAUUAGUCUGCUUAUAAACAGGAUUCAAACUGACUUGUCACUUUCAAACUAUUAGGUAUCUUGAAAACUUAAGUUUAUAAAAUAGGAACAGUAUUUUACCAAAGAAUAUGGUGAACUUUAGACAGAAUUCAGACAUAUUUCUCUCCCCCAUCGAAAUAUUGAACAAAAUGAACAAAAGCAAGCAGUUGUUAGUGUCUGUAUAACAGGAAAGUACUGACAUUUAGGUUAUAAUGAGACUCAUUGGUAGUUACUGGGAAGUAUUCUGCUUUAAAGUGCUAAUGCAUUAAGAUGUUAAAGAAUAGCAUGUACUGAGUGAUAAAUACCAAAAAAAAAAAAGUUUGAAAUGGUUCACAGUAAAUUAUUACUUUUGUUUCCAGGCACUUAAACUUGUAGUAUGCUUACAAGUAAAUGGAAAAAAAAAAACCUAGGGCAUAUGUGUAUUUUUUAAAGACCCUCAUUUCCUGUCCUUAUUUUCAUUUUCCAUUUGGUUCUUUAAGAGACUGUGGUACUUUUACUUUGAAUAUGUUUUCCAGUUUGAAGAUUUUGUAAUUGAGUAACAGUAAAUACUUUUAACUAAGUGAACAGCUGGUUGUGUAAAACUGCUUAAUAAAAACACGUUUUUCAAGUGCCCUGUUGAA